AUGGCCCAAGCUGCUUGGUUGCCUCCAAUAUCGACCUCGGCAAACCCCGAACGCCGAUCAGAAUUCGUGGUCAACAGCGCGCCCUCUUCCUCAGUCGCGUCUCGCUGGGAUUUGGCCGACAUCCUCAAUCCUGCCAGAGACAACCACGACAGAAAGCUCUCCAUGGACUUUGCGGCCGCGACCUCGCCCUCCUCCUCCCAGCAUCCCCUUUACCAGCCAGAACUCGACCCAAACUUCAAUAUGCACUCCGCAGAUCACCAGCCACCCUCGUCUCACCACAAUAUGCAGCAGCUGGACGGCCUCGACACGGACCACACGAACUAUGAUAUCUUCAAUACAAACUCGGCGAAUACGUUCGCAUCGCACCGUUACAGGACAAAUGCCUCGUCGUCGUCGUCGUUGGGACCACCAUCAUACGGAUUGAACGGAGACAACUUGUAUUCGCAUCCUCCCUUUGGUGACUCGGUGCCACCGUUCAAUGGGUCAGGGAACAACCCGUACGAAGUGAUGAAUGGGAUGUCGUCGGCGUAUUCCAGCGGUAAGGUCUCGCCACUCACUCCCAGCGAUCCAGUUGGUGGCCUUCAACAUUCGUCUCCUUUCCCUCCUGGCAAGGACUUUUCCAAUGCACACCAGUAUCCAGACUUGAUCUCAGACCGUCGCCUCUCUGGCGUCAGUAACGGCAACUAUUCCUCUGAUUUCGACGGUGACUACCCAAUGGGCGCAGUUGGCACUGCCCUCCCGUUCCCGCAGGCACCUCCUCUUCAUCACUUCUCUGACCGGCGUUUCCACAACGGCCCACCACAGACAGUGCCAUCUCACUUGCCGCCCAGCCACAACGAUGAUAUCUUACGUGGAGUCGCACCACAGGCUACAAACUCAUUCCGGGAAGGCGGUGUCAACGGCUUCCCAGAUAUUCCGCACUACCUCGGCUCAAAUCCUCACCCAGAGAUUCCCCUCCGAAUGCCCGCUGUCGACGAAACCCUCGCUCGCAUGAGGAUCCACGGCCACUCCGUUAUGGGUGCCUCCAAUGAUCUUCAAACCUUCAUUCGGCCCUUCCUUGAUCAAUACGUGCGGACCCCGAAUCGCCUAGCGUUUGGAGAACGUACUGUGAUCGUUAUGUCGAGUAAAGUGGCUCAAAAAUCGUACGGCACGGAAAAGCGUUUCUUGUGUCCUCCGCCGACCGCUAUUAUGAUCGGCAACUCAUGGUGGACCGAUGUUGUGAGGAGAGGAGAGGAUCCGAAGUUAUGCCCUCCUCGUGUUACUGUCUCGAUUUCCGGCGAGCCCGUUCCACAAGAAGGUUCCAUAGAGUGGACUGGCUCCUCAGGCAAAUCCUUCGAUGUUAGUGACCCACCAACAGGCACUACAUACAUCGGACGUUGUGUCGGGAAACAACUUUUCAUUUCUGACGUCGACGAAAAGAAGAAGAAAGUCGAAGCUCUGGUUAAGAUUACUGCCCCCGCGUCCGACGAUGAGCCUGAGCGUGUAAUCGGUACCUUUCCAAGUCGUCCUAUCAAGGUCAUCAGCAAGCCCAGCAAGAAACGUCAGAGUGCUAAAAACCUUGAGUUGUGCAUCAACCAUGGUUCGACGAUAUCGCUUUUCCACAGGCUGAGGUCGCAGACAGUCUCUACCAAGUACCUCUGUGUCUCAGGAUCAGGGUCGUCCUUCAAAGGCUCAGACGGGGCACCCCUUAUGGGCUUGGACCAGCGAUCUCGCUCUACAACUCCCUCUUUUAUCGCCCGCACCGCUAGCUGGGAUCCGUUUGUGAUGUACAUUGUCGAUGUUAACAAGCCCGCGGGAGGCAUUGACGCCCCUCCGCCGCCGCCGCCUCAACCCGAUUACCCCUCGCCGCCCCCCAACGCCAUCCCGUUUACCAACAACGGGUCACAAAUCCCCAUCUACUACAAUCAGACCGUUGUCCUCCAAUGUUUGACAUCGGGAGUUGUCAGCCCUGUCUUGAUCAUCCGUAAGGUCGAUCACCAGACCACCGUUGUUGGUGGUGGAUUACAGGAAGGUGCCAAGGGUGUUGCCGAUCAUUACUGCGCCUUAGGUGAAGUGUGCGGAGACCCGGUCUCGCAACUGCACAAAAUUGCCUUCGAGGUUUAUGACGCUACGAAAGGCAUGCCCGAGCCAGGGACGCCCGGCCAGACUGGCACAUUCUUGUCCUGCAUGGGCGAGAAGGUUAACACCUACAGGCCCAUCGAAGGUCGUCAAUGGAACACGCAGAAUGGCUCGAACUCGCCCACGCUUCCUUCAUCUCCAAUCGCGUCCACUCCCGUAUCAUCAACCGGCAGCGAGUACUUCGGACACGGGUCGGUAGAUAGUGCCCCCGCGUCUCCGACAUCAGGCACAGCAGACUUCUUGUCCAACGACGGUGGCCGUGUCAAGAAGAAGCGAUCGACAUCGAGCGCCGGCGGCAUAGCGAAGACGAUGCCCAAGGGCCGAAGACGUCCGAGCUCUGCUGGAUCAGCAACGUCCGGCCGCCGUGGGUCUGGGAGCGACUCUGGCGCAUCAUCAGGUUCACUAUGGCAAGUUGACAUUGGUGAGACCAGCGUCUGGACCAUUGUUGGUACAGAUCAGAUCCGGUACAACUUCUACGUGCCACCUGUUCUCUUCGACAAUCAACACGCGCCGCAGACAGGCUCGUUCCCCAUCCCGUCAAAGCCUGUCACUCCCUUCCCUGGCGUCGUCAAGUACCUCCCCCCGGACAGGGCCUCAGAGGCUCCCAAAUCGAACUGUGCUUCGUCUCGCGCGGUUCUUUCCAAACCCAAUCCCCAUGCAUCCAAGAUGCUAACGGUGUACGGAGAGAACUUCUCGAAGACGGAUCCCGUAAGCGUGUUCUUUGGAUCGGAACCUUCACCAUAUGUGGAGGUAAGGUGCACCGAGGUUUUGGGCUGCUUGCCGCCAGAGAACCAGCUAGUGAAACGCCGGCCAAUCGUUCUAGUGCGAUCAGACGGUAUCGUCUUUCCUUCCAAUGUCAUGUAUCCAUAG